UUAAAGCCAGUCGUAGGCGGUGAUCGUCAACUAUAGGAACAUUUAUUUGGCUAAAAUUUAUUUUGUAUUUUUUUAUUAUUUUUGUGAUUAUUUUGUGAAAUGGGGGCUGAUCUAGAGACAAAGAUUGAAGCGAAAGACUCAGAAGAAACACUGCGCGAAGAACUUCAUAAAAUAGCGAAAGAACGAGGUUAUAAGAAUUACAAAUUAGACAUAAAGACGUCUUCAUCUGUAGGAGCAAACUUUAUGAGUAUAGUUUACACUGCUACAAUAUCAGAACACGGCAAAGAUGAUAUCAAUAUCUUCGCAAAAGUCGCGUUCUUAAGCGAGAAAGCUAGAUCAGACGCACCGGUUCAAGCGUUCGAUGUGGAAAUACUAUUUUACUCAGAUAUCAUAAAAAUAUACAAACAAAUAGAGGAAAAACAUAAGGUGCCUGUUGAACACAGGCUUGUAGUACCAGAAUUGUAUGGCGUCAGCUCUAAAUACUUAAAGGAAACUAUUGUUAUGGAAAAUCUGAUGAGCAAAGGCUACCAGAUGUUCGAUAGAUUCAAGACUAUAGACUGGAACUACACUAAAGAGUCUCUGACACAACUGGCGAAACUUCACUCCUUGUCUAUAGCGUUUUAUAUUGAUCAUCCAAAAUCGUUUUCGGAAAAAACCGAGAAGCUCAAAAUUAAAAGUGAUACGGCGCAUAUGGAGGAAAGUGUCGGGAUGAUGGUGAUGAAAAUACUAGAAUCUGCGAAGGAUGAACAUAAAGAACGCUUGAAAAACUUCAUAGAAAAUAUAAUGGCACCUAACAAAAUUGAUCAUAUGAUGAAACCAAUAAAACGAAUGAUUUUAAGUCAUGGUGACUAUCGGCCAAACAACUUACUCCAUAAAUUGAACGAGGAUGGUACAUAUGACAUAAUACCAAUCGACUAUCAGACUAUGACCCACAGUAACCCCAUAGUGGAUCUCUUAUAUUUCCUAUUUAACGGAUCGGACAAGGAAUUCCGGGCGAAAUACCUCAGAAAGGCAUUCGACCAUUACUACAAUGAACUUUGCGCAUGUCUAACAAGGUUGGACUUGAAUCCUAAACAAAUAUACCCUAAGGAAGACUUCGAAUUUGAAUUGAAGGAGGUUCUACCCCUCGGAUUAUUCAUGAGUCUGAUGCUUUUGAUCAUAAUAACCGUAGAAAUGGAGCAUAUUCCGAAAAUUCAUGAAGAUAUGGAUAUAUUGAAAAAUCUGUUUUGCACGCCCAGUGAAGUUUAUAAGAUAAGGAUGAACGAUCUUCUAGAAGACUGUAUUGAUAUGGGAGUUCUCUAAAUUAAAAUAUAAUUUAAGAUUAGCAAUAGAGUCAAAUGAGACAAAUAAUGACUUUGUUCUGAAUAAGAAACAUUCAAGAUUUAUCAUCAUCAUCAUAUUUACUAAAAGGGAGCUCGUAGAAUAUAAUAAAGUAUAAGACUAAUAUAGCUAAGUAAGGCUUAAUAUACAUAUAAAUAUGAAAUCUUAUAUUAAUAAAACAAAGUCAUACAAUUAAAAACUACGAUUUAGAAGUCACUUCUGUGGAAGAUCUCAAAAAGCUUUCUACUGACUGUGACCUUUGCAAGAAAGUAAUAAUAUGCAAGUAGUGUUAUCUACCUCAUAAUAUAUUAUAUUUUCUUGUGUACUAUUAAAUAAUCUACACGUAAAAUAUGUAUGACUUCAAAAGAGUUUCAGAGCACUCUAACAAUAAAAAAGCUAUUAAAUAGAUUGAUAUUGGUAGGUAUUUAGGCAAAUUAAAAUUACUAUUAUUAUUAAAAUUAAACGUGUAAAGAUUUGUUGUAUAUACAGGGUGUAUACUAAGCGCGAAGGGACUUGUAG